AUGCGAAGCAAAGUAACGGUUGUGGGAGCCGGCAACGUAGGCGCGACUGCCGCGCAGCGCAUAUUCGACAGGGGAUACGCCGAUGUGGUGCUCGUUGACAUCGUCGAUGGUCUUCCACAGGGCAAGGCGCUCGACAUUCUGGAGUCAGGACCUGUGUUAGGCUCUGACGCCACGAUUGUAGGCACCAACGGCUACGAGGAGACCGCAGACUCUGACAUCGUAGUCAUCACCUCGGGCAUAGCCCGCAGGCCCGGUAUGAGCCGCGACGACCUGCUCCUGACUAACAUGCGCAUCGUCAGCAGCGUGGUCGGAGAUGUGGUCGAGCAUUCGCCGAACAGUAUCCUCUUGCCGGUAACGAACCCGCUGGACGCUAUGGCACAGCGCGCGCAUCAGGUCAGCGGUUUCCCCAAGAACCGCAUAGUAGGCAUGGCCGGCAUCCUCGAUACUGCGCGCUUCCGCACGUUCCUUGCGGAAGAACUAAGUGUGUCAGUUAAUUCAAUCGAAGCAAACGAGAUUCUGCCCUGCACCACUCUGCUGGAAGGCGAGUACGGCAUCAACGAUCUGUUCGUGGGCGUACCUGUCAAGCUUGGCGCCAGCGGCGUCGUGGAGGUCAUCGAGUUCGAGCUGACCGACGACGAGAUGGCAGCAUUGAAGCAAUCCGCCGACUCCGUACAGGAACUGGUGGAUGUAAUGGCUGAGGCGAGCUGA